GAAGACUGCUUAGGUGGGGAGUACUCUCUGUUUAUUACGUACUGAUUAAAGUUUAGUUAUCACCCAUUCUUGAUGAUGCUUCUGCUUUACUUUGCGUCCUUUGCUGAAUUGAAUUCAAAAAAUUAGACAAAGAUUCCUGAUCUAACUAUUUCAAGUAUGAUUACCUGAACAAAACUUCCCUUUUCUUACCAUUCAAGAAAUAAAUAAAUAUAAACUUUCUGGAUUUUCAUCUCACUUUUUUGGUGAAAGUUCUCUAAUUUUUCUUCCCUUCUCCUCAGUUGGAGAAGAGAUGAAAUGGUUUCGCUAGCCAUGCCAUUGAAAUCCAUCAACAGUAUCUCGGUAGCAUUAAUGUUGGGGUUUGUACUUGUGGUGCUUGUAUUUUCUGGAUUUCUUGAAAUCCCAAUAGCCAAUUCUUCAAACCCUCCGUCGUCUACCCGGUUUCAAGAUUCUUCACCAGAUUCGGAUUCAGUUUCAAAAUCUAAGCAAGACCCAUUUUGGGAUUUGUUUAGUGCUUUCAGGAAGUGGGAUUCUCAAGUGGGAUGUGCUCAAUUUAGGGAAAAGUAUGGGAAAAACGGGUCUUUUUCUUCUUCUUCUUCUUUGCAAGAUGUGGAUGGUAAAGCGGAGUGUAGUGCGUUGAAGAUGGAUCAUGUGAGUGUUUUGGUAAAAGGGUGGACUUGGAUUCCUGAUAAUUUGGAUAAUUUGUAUAGUUGUCGAUGUGGGUUGAGCUGUUUGUGGACUAAAUCUUCAGUUCUUGCUGAUAAACCCGAUGCAUUGUUGUUUGAGACCACCACCACUCCUUUUCAGAGACACCAAGGUGAACCACUGCGUGUAUAUAUGGAUCUGGAAGCUGGCAGGAAAAGAUCAGGCAAUGAAGAUAUCUUUAUUAGUUAUCAUGCUAAAGAUGAUGUUCAGUCAACUUAUGCUGGUGCAUUGUUUCACAACAAUCGAAAUUAUCAUUUGUCUCAACAUAAGAACAAUGAUACUCUGGUUUAUUGGUCUUCAUCACGUUGUCUUCCUGAAAGAAAUCAUCUUGCCAAACGCAUACUCAGCUUGCUGCCCUAUCAUUCAUUUGGCAAAUGCUUGAAUAAUGUUGGCGGUUUAGACAUGGCACUCUCCCUCUAUCCUGAAUGCACAAAGGAUGCAGGUGAAGCACCUAAAUGGUGGGACCAUUUACAUUGUGCCAUGUCCAACUAUAAGUUUGUACUCGCAAUUGAGAACACAAAGACUGAGAGCUAUGUCACGGAGAAGUUGUUUUAUGCUCUAGAUUCUGGUGCAGUGCCCAUCUACUUUGGUGCCCCGAAUGUUUGGGACUUUGUACCUCCACAUUCCAUAAUAGAUGGGUCUAAAUUCAGUUCUAUUGAGAAAUUGGCUUCCUAUGUUAAGGCCCUUGCUAAUGACCCUGUAGCUUAUGCGGAAUAUCAUGCAUGGAGGAGAUGUGGUGUGUUAGGUAAUUAUGGGAGAACACGUGCAGCAAGCUUAGACACUUUGCCCUGUAGACUAUGUGAAGUUGUGAGCAGAAAAAAUGGGAGGAAUGCGAGAUCCUUGUAGAGUUCAAGUUGGUAGUACUAUGCGGAGGGCGUUCACGGUUCUACAGAGUGUUUUUGAGGAGGUUUCUUUCUGAUACCAAUGUAGAGAGUAAUAUACACCAAUAGAGAGCUAAUGUAUUUAGAAUAUUGACUGAUGAAUCACAGAGGAACUUGAUUUAGCAGCUGUAGCAAUCUUUUACUGAAGGUUCAUUUUCCUUCCUACAUCUCUUUUAUUUGUAUUGUAAUUGUUUGCCAUUUUUUUAGUCUUCUAUAAUAUUUUGCUUCUACA